GGUAAAGUGAGUGUUCAUUGCAAAUAUUCAACGUCACAUUUUUAACGUAUUUACAAGAGUGUAUAGCUUUUAUUAUGUGAAAAAGUGUGAAAAUAUGUGAGAAACGGUAGAAAAUAUUUGAAUAAACUGCUCACAAGGUUUACAAGAGUGGGACAACGAGCAAGCAUUUUCCCGCGCAUUUAUCCGGUCAGUUUAUAACAAUAUGGCGGAAACUUUGUUCAAAACGCGAAGAGAAAGAAGAGGGAGAAAGAAGAAGCGAUAAUCAAUUAUCAAACGCCGAGGAAAGAGAAAUGUGAAUGAAAGAAAAUGGAUUCGACGUUCAAAGGUAAGUCGACAACGAUAUUGUUUCUUCUUUUUCAUAUUAUAUCGCUCGUAUAUUCGCUUCGUGAGCGAAACAAAUCGCGAUACACGAAAAUGGCGAAAAUUCGAAACGAUGGAAAUCGUACCGAGUACGAUCGUUCGAUGAGAUCGAGCCGGGGCACGAUUGGAAAAGAGAAAUUUCGUUGGCAUCGUAACACGCGGAUAGCCCGCGUGCAGUGAUCGAAUGACGACAGGGGGAUGGUGCGCGCGUUCCUCCGUUCGAGAAUCGGUGCGCGUUGCACCCUUCUGCGCCAGCGUAUCAGACGCUUCGCAACACACACGAGUAGCGUGUCCUGCCGCGCGCGCCAAGUGUCUAGGAGAGGAAACGCAGCGACGGAGCCGAGCUAAACUCGGCUUUCCUCGACCGAGCGUAGGCGCAGUCUCUCAUCGUCAGUCUUUCUCGCCCCCAGCUUCGAGGGAGCACGCUUCCGGAGUCAGAUCUAUCUUGGAGUGUGUCCAACCCUCGUCUCAACCCUUAGCUGUCCUCGGUCACUGACCCGAUACACAUCGGCCCGUUCUCUCAAUUCACGCGAUCUCUCUCACAGUUGUGCUGCGUGCAGUGUGGUCGCGAGAAGUGUUGUUCGCGGGGUUGUGCUGCAUUUUCGUUAUCGCUGCACAGGCAGGCAUAAAUAGAAAAUAUUUCCGUGCCGAAAUAUACCGUUUCGUUUCCCCUUUUUUCCACUGGUCAUUGUUCAUCCCGCUCGUACACACCACCCCUCUCCGAACUUUGUCGUUCCCACGAUUGUCGCACGAUUGUCGGUGGCUCGAGUCGCAACGCGCGGCGUUGUACGCGAGACGAGUCUAUCAGAGAAGCGUCGGGAAGCAUGGUGGAUCAACAGCAGCCGGAGCAGCAACAGGAAGCCGUGCCAAGCGUGGUGGAGUUGAACGUGGGCGGUGUGUUUUACACCACCGCUCUGACCACCCUUACCCGGGAGAGCGAUUCUCAUCUGGCCGCAUUGUUUUCGGGGAAAACGCCGGUAGAGAAAGAUGCGAAGGGGAAAUAUUUUCUGGAUCGAGACGGGGUACUGUUCCGUUACGUGCUUGAUUUUCUGCGCAAUCAGGCAUUGGUUCUGCCGGAGGGGUUUCGAGAGAAGGAGAGAUUGAGGCAGGAAGCAAAUUUUUACGGCCUGCCUGGAUUGGAACGUGCCAUUCUGGAGAACGGCAAGUCUUCCGGUUCCCUGACCUCUUCCGGGAAGAGAGCGUCCGGACACAUAACUGUCGGUUAUCGCGGAAGCUUUGCAUUCGGUCGCGAGGGCCUGGCGGAUGUAAAGUUUCGGAAGCUGUCGAGGAUCCUUGUAUGCGGUCGCGUGACCCUUUGUAGGGACGUGUUCGGGGAAACUCUGAACGAAAGCCGUGAUCCGGACCACGGCGCUACGGAUCGUUACACCUCGAGAUUCUUCCUGAAGCACAGUUCCAUCGAGCAAGCUUUCGACAUGCUUCAAGAGCAAGGUUUUAAGCUGGCCGGUAGCUGCGGUUCCGGCACAGCUGGCGGCAAUUCGGAACAACUCAAGCCUGGAGUGGAUUUUGAGGAGAAUCGUUGGAAUCAUUACAACGAGUUCGUCUUUGUCCGCGAGUAAAUAGAUAUACUUCGUUCUUCCUUGGUCUGAAUUAGAUGAACAAAUGGGAAUAGUCGUUGUUGGGAAAUAGUCGGUUGUCCUUUCGACAACGAUCGGCCAACAUCCAAUUCCAACAUCGAAAUAGAAUUCUCCGAUCUUCUCCGUCGCUGACGGCGGCAAAGAGGGAAUUGGCUUCCUCCAGACAUUUCUUCCUUUUCGAACCGAGAUCGCAACCGGUAGGAUAAAGAGUAGAUGAGCUUUUUUUUCGUCGUCGACACACGACCAUUGUGCAUGCAUUAUUCAAAUUCGUCGAGCUAUUAUUGCAACGAUAAUGUCAAUCGAUUCCUCUUUCAAAUAUUCUUCCACGGGAACGAGAUAUGGAAAGGAUGUUGAUCAAAGAGGCACGUAACGUUAUAUGUCGUUAUAUACGUGGAUGGAACCGAACGGAUGAAAUUCGUCUGCGAGUAGAGAUCUUUAUUGAAAUUAGCAGACUCGUCUCUCUAACGCGUGUAUUUCAACGCGUGGUGUUGAACAUCGGUGGUUGAAAUACUUUGGGGAGGGGCGAAACAAAGCGAAGUUCACUUUGCUUAAUUUUGCGAUAAUUGGCGGUAGAGACAAAGGCCAAAGAAACUUGGAAGACUAUGAAGAGAAUGACAAAACUGGAUCGUCGGGUUUUUACAAGUUUUGCUUCAUCGUUUCACUAGUUGUAACGAAGAACGUAAAAAUUUUAUCCAUCUCCUUGUUGUAUCGAAGAGGACACGAAGGAUUUUGAACAAUAAGGAAAUAUCAUAUAUUUAAUCGCCGGAAAAUAAAGUAUAGAAACGAAAAUCCCUUCGCUCUUUCCGUUUCUUUUUCAAGAUUCAAAUAUAUUCACACUACAUAUUCUACAAUUCUUCAUUGUUCGCGCUUAAUCGUUCGCUCGCUGAAUAUUAUAUUCUCCCAGAUUGAAUCGAGAAAACUUUUUUCCCCUCGAAAAAUACGAUCUAAAGUUUGGUAUCGAUGAUCGGAGAGACACACAGUUGGGGAUGCAUUUCUUCUUCCUUCAUCGUUCGAGAAGAAGGACAAGGCGGGACAUUUCCAAGGAUAGAACGGAGAGAUGGAAUGCGUCUUUUCCGAUUUUCCACUCGCCACCGAUAUAUACAAAUCAAAGAGGAAAUUUCAAAUGAGGGAAAUUUUAACAAGACCAAGUAGCGUAAUGCCGAUCGAUAAACUAUCUGACAUUGAAAUUAUUUUAAAAAAACGGGUAUUUCAAAACUUGUUGUACGAAGAAUUGUACGAUUCCAGAAGAAUUAACAGGGUGUACACCUUAUUAAAUUUCUCUACUAAACGAUAAGAAAAAAAAAAAAGAAAAAAAAAGAAACAACUCGUUCAUCUCCAUCGAUAUUAUCAUCUCGACAAAGCUCGAAAGGAGAGGACGGAGGAGGAUUGGAUUGAAGAUUCAGCUUCAGACAACGCUGGUCGACUGUUCGAGGUUGAAUUUGAUAUUGGACAGUUUGCGGGUGUUAUAUUGGAACAAGCCUCGUGCAACGUAAAUUGUGUGUACGUACAAGCCAGCAACGGUGUUGAACACAUGUCGAGCGAUUUCGAGUAACGCGUAUAUCGAGAACGCAUCUCUUCAAUAUCCAUUCUUUGUUCAGAAUCUCUUUAUUACGCGCGGCUGGUCUUCGUUUUCGCGUGCAUUGAAAUUGUGCAGUGUAAGUAAUACACACAAAUUACACUCGCUUUCGACAUUCCCGCGUCGCGUGUAGCAUGUACACGUGUUUAUUUCUUACUCGACACUUCUUAGACAAAUAAUAAUUGAAUUAUUAACGCAAACGUGUUUGCAAACGUGUCCUCGCGACUACGAUCGUGCAGAAAUUCGAUCGAAUUCGUCUCAUCUUUAGAUUAGAAAACUGCUUAAACGAUUAAUUCGUAAGAACGCUCGAUAAUCGCUUUUCGAAUAAGCUGAGUUUCGCUUAUUUAGCGGCGGGAAAAAGAGAGAAACGGAAUUAACAAUGCGACGUAUUGGGCGAAACUUUGAUUUUUAAACGAGUUUUCUUUUGCUUCUUCUUGCGGUUUACAUUUCAUGAAACGAGUUUUAAAUAAAGGUAAACUAAAUUCUCCGCGUUUUAUCGAUAGACUAGUUAGAUUUAGUUAGUUAGAUUAUCGAGAAAUAAUUUCUAAGAGAUAUUCUAAUAGUAUUUUAAAAAAUUCGUUCACCAGUUCGCUGGAAUGAAAGCAAUUUAUGAAUUACGCGGAAUUGGAAAUAAAUUGGAAAUAUUUUUGCUUGGAAAAGAAUUCUGCGUUUCCAGAGAAUUUCGUCGAAAAAUUGUAAUGUUUUUGGAUUGGAAAAGAUCGGGGCGAAAGUAUUCUUCGAAAUUCUUUCGAAACGGCCGCAAUUUUUCAAGCGUGAACGCUCGCGAUCGUGUCACGAUUAAGUAAAUUCUCUCCGCCUCCCUGAGAGAGGAGAGAUUCAAGAUACCCGAAUCCAUCCGAAGAUCCGCAAAAAAUUUUUCCUUCGCCCUCCCUUCAUCCUUCGUUUUCCAUUUCAAUCGGCACGCACGCAAGUUGAAUUGAUCGCAGUUUCCGCGCGAUCGUUUUCCAGCGAGACAAUCUUAUCGCCGACUCACGCGGGCAUAGAUUCCUUUCUUCCGACACACUAGCUCUUAUUAGAUUCCGGAUAGAAUUAUUUACGACGUCGUGUUGCGUUCGUUUCAAAUCGACUGCUCGCGACCACGGAUGCGAGUAACGGUGCGAGCACGGAUCGUUUAGAUAGCUCGAAUAGAUUUGCAAAAUGUUAGAACGUAAAACCGGAUAUCGAAAGCUCAAACGUUUCAAAGUUAAAUCGGAUAGAAAAGGAAAGAGGUGGCGAUCGAUGCGAUUCGUGUGUUGAUUUAUUAUUAACUCCAUUUUUCCCCCCCCUCCUCUUCUAGGAUAUUUCGCAAAAAUUUUUUAAAUAAUUGUCAAAAGUAAAGAUCCAAGAAUAUUACACCGCUAUGUGAAAAUUCGCAGAGUAUCGGGUUAAUAUUUCUAUCCAUAGAAUUGUUCAAAUCUCCCCUUCGAAUAUUUUACGCCCACCACAUCGAAUCGAUUUUCGAACGAGAUUCUCUUUCCCUUCUCGAUUUUUCUCGACAAUGUAACCCUCCAUCUCUCGAUACCGCACGAGUUCAGUUGCACACGGAGGCCGCGAAAAGGCCUCCGCUUUUUCGGUACGCGAGUCUUUCAUCCGGAACAUCGAGAUUCGGCAAGAACAAAGACGAUCACACGGUUGAUCGGCAACACGAUGGCGUGUCAAAGGACGCAAAGGCACGGACGGCCGAGCCGAGAAUUGGUAGAAUUCGACGAGGAAUCGAUGAUGUAAAUCAUCGGCUCGCCGCGAAAACGGGGGGGGAGGGAGCCCCGCAAAUGCAAAGUGUCACUUGCACGCCCGGAUAAACCGGCCGCGACCAUUUAUGAGAGGAUCGAUGAAAUGGCACGCAUGCAUCGAACGGUUUUUUUUCGUCUUCCUGUAGGAUCCGCCUUUUUUUUAAACUUCAUUUCGUUCGAGACGAGAAACGUUCGCGCGAAAUAUGUAUGUAUAUAUAUAUAAAAUGUAGGCCAGGUGCAUUAGGGAACGAAUCGAAAGUAUGAAAUGUCGAAAGUAUAGGCGAAGCAAAUUUGACUUGUAUCAUUGUCGAUCUUUUUAUCGGAUUUAAUAGGAUAUUAAAUUAUUAGUGAUUUAGCGAGAUUAACGUAGUAGUUUUUGAUCGAAUUUGUACGAAGUAUGCAUCGAUUUUUGAAAAGUAAAUUUUUAUUAACGAUUGAAACAUAGAGCGAUUUGGAUAUCUAUGAGAAAUUUAAAAGUAUAUAGAAAAAAAUAAAGAGAAUGCACGUAUAAAAUAUUUAAAAGGAAACAAAAUUUUUAACUCAUUUUUUCGAAUUUACGUAAAAGAAAGAAUUCAUUUCGUACAAAUUAGAAGCAGAUAUCGAUCAUUUAUCGUUUAAAGUUUCGUUUCUCUUGUGGAAAUCUCUACAAGAUCCGCUACUUACACUCGGAAUAAUUUUGCGUAUAAUGACGUAUGAUCGAUGGAUAAAAUCUGAAAAUGUGGACGAAGUGGAACUCGAGAUAGGUCAGUGGUCAGGUAUCACGCGGGGAAUUCCACGAAUCAUGCAAAUCCAAUUGGCCACAUUCCCAAUCCUGAUGUACCUGGCGUGUCGGGCUAAGCUCGAAGGGAUCCUCGAUUCCUUCGAGCACAUCUCGACGGUAUCGGUUACCUCGGAUUUAUCUCGUUCGAGCCGUUUCCGUUUCCGUUCCAAUUUUUGCAAUUCAAAAGCGAACGAUCUGGAAUAUCUAUACGCGGAUGUACGAUCCUCCGACGAAAUCGACGAAAAAAAUCAACGAGGAAUUGGAAUUUCUGUACCAAUUCGUAGAUUAGAGGCGGUAAGGUACUCGAAAAGAAGUUUCGAAAACUUAAAGAGUAAAUCUAAGAAAUCGAUCGAACUUUAACUCCACAAUUCUUGUUCGCUCGAACGUCUCGUCUCUUCUUUCCCUCUGAAACGAAAUAAAUUUAUCAAGUAGAGAAGGAUUGCCUCUGACGAACAAACGCGUUGAAACGUGAAAAUCUCGAUGGUACGCGAAUUUUAUUGCACAAUUAUUACGAAGUACAUGUUACGUUAUUCGACGGGCAUCCGUCGAUCAAAGUUUUUUUCGUAAAAUUUCAAUUUGGAAAUCGCGUAACAACUCUCUGUUCCCUUCGAGAGAUAUAUUUAAAUUUAUGGCUCGUCAAAUGAAAAUUCGAGGGGUCGGCGAAGAUUAAAUUAUUGAGAACAUCCUAUCCUUACAUUCUCUCUCGUCCGACCCUCCUCUUUCCGUUUCAGAUGUUAAAAAUUAAAGAAAAAAAAAAAAAAAAAAAACACGCGAUGUCUCCGAUCGAACGCCAUGAAAUUCGCGUCUAUUUCCACCUACGCUUGUUUGCCGACGCGAGAAUCCACUUUCGAGCCGCGUUUGUUCCUCGAGAGAGUAUUGCGCGGGUUCACACAAGGAUGUUAGCGGAUGUAGCGAUGUAAGACGAAUGCUACGUUGCGACGAUACUGUGGAUCAUUGUACAUGUAUAUACA